AUGGCGGCGGUGGCGGCUGCCCGAGCAGUGUCUGUGGGCUCCGGGCUCCGGGGUCUGCAACGAACACUGCCUCUUGUAGUGAUUCUUGGGGCGACGGGCACCGGCAAAUCCACUCUGGCGUUGCAGCUAGGCCAACGGCUCGGUGGCGAAAUCGUCAGCGCUGACUCCAUGCAGGUUUAUGAAGGCUUAGACAUCAUCACCAACAAGGUUUCUGCCCAAGAGCAGAGAAUGUGCCAGCACCACAUGAUCAGCUUCGUGGAUCCUCUUGUGACAAAUUAUACCGUUGUGGACUUCAGGAACAAGGCAACUGCUCUGAUUGAAGAUAUAUUUGCCCGAGACAAAAUUCCUAUUGUCGUGGGAGGAACCAAUUACUACAUUGAGUCUCUGCUCUGGAAAGUUCUUGUCAAUACUAAGCCCCAGGAGAUGGACACUGAGAAAGUGACUGACCGGAAAGUAGAGCUUGAAAAGGAAGAUGGCCAUGCACUCCACAAACGCCUAAGCCAGGUGGACCCAGAAAUGGCUGCCAAGCUGCACCCACAUGACAAGCGCAAAGUGGCCAGGAGCUUGCAAGUGUUUGAAGAAACAGGAAUCUCUCAUAGUGAAUUUCUUCAUCGUCAACAUGCAGAGGAAGGUGGUGGUCCCCUUGGAGGCCCUCUGAAGUUCCCUAACCUUUGCAUCCUCUGGCUUCAUGCUGACCAGACAGUUCUAGAUGAACGCUUGGAUAAGAGGGUGGAUGACAUGCUCGCUGCUGGGCUCUUGGAUGAACUAAGAGAUUUUCACAGGCGCUAUAAUCAGAAGAAAGUUGCAGAAAAUAGCCAGGACUAUCAACAUGGUAUCUUCCAAUCCAUUGGCUUCAAGGAAUUCCAUGAGUACCUGGUCACUGAGGGAAAAUGCACACCAGAGACCAGUAACCAGCUCCUAAAGAAAGGUAUUGAGUCUUUGAAACAAGUGACCAAGAGAUAUGCCCGGAAGCAAAACCGAUGGGUUAAAAACCGCUUUUUGAGCAGACCUGGUCCCAAUGUCCCCCCAGUAUAUGGCUUAGAAGUAUCUGAUGUCUCGAAGUGGGAGGAAUCUGUUCUUGAACGUGCUCUUGAAAUCGUGCAGAGUUUCAUCCAGGGCCACAAGCCUGUGGCUGCUCCAGUAAAGAUGCCAUGCAGUGAAACGGAGAACAAGAGGAGUUAUCACAUGUGUGACCUCUGUGAUCGGAUCAUCAUUGGGGACCGUGAAUGGGCAGCACAUAUAAAAUCCAAAGCCCACUUGCACCAGCUGAAGAAAAGAAGAAGAUUGGACUCAGGUGCUGUUGCUACCAUAGAAAAUCAGAGUGUUUCUCCAGACUGUGACAAAGAGCUUAAGGAGAAAGGAUCCCCAGAGCAGAAUAUGAAAGAGAUACUUUUAUAGAUGACUGAAGUCUUGUGAGCCACAGAUCAGGAGUUCUGGAUUUGAGUGAAUGGCAAGAACGGACCAGCCCCAGUGAGAUGAUUGAGUGACCUCAGCCAGUUCUUGGAAUUCCACAGACAAGGAGAGAAAGGAGGUGGUCGUGACGUGGUGCUUGAAAACGUUUGUUGUGCUCCUCCUGUCUAAUAAUUACUAUCACUGCUGUCUUUCUAUUGAGUUAGGAGUCUAUAUAUUUUUUUUAAAGUUAAAUAAAGAAAAAGUUCCCAAGAGUCUCUGUAGUGCUUAAAAAAAUGUAAAUUCCACAUCUAGUGUAUACACAGUGGGCUCUGUUACCCACAUGACCGCUUUUUCUGUCUCAACAUUCUUCAUAUGAUCAUGCUGUCUAUUCAUUAUUUAGCAAAUAUUUAUUGAGCACUUACCAUAUUCCUGGAAGACCUCUGGAGAGGGUCUUUUAUUGAAGAUUUGUGAUUUCCAGCAAUGUUGAGUGUAUGUAUGUAUUUAGCAUAAAAUGAAGCAUUUUUAUGUUUAUAGUUCA